AUGGAUUCGCUCUUACUCUAUAUCCUCACCUUCAAUUGCGCUCGAAACCCCGUCGACGUCGACCGCUUCUCCCGCCAUUUCUUCGAUGCCUUACCCCGCACCGAGGGUUCCAGCUCGCCUGCAGCCCCGGAGUUCAUCGUGCUCUCCCUGCAGGAAAUAGCUCCUAUCGCCUAUGCCUUUCUCGGAGGCUCGUUCCUAACGCCAUACUUCUCAGCUCUGACACAGGUGGUGGAUCGCGCAGUUGCCCAGUACUGGGAUGUCCAUUACGUCAACCUGGUCACCGACAAUUCCGGGAUGACCGGUCUGAUGGUCUUUGCUCGGUCGGAUGUCGCUGACCAAGUCUCAUCCAUUGACACCGCCCGUGUAGGGUUUGGCGUCCAACAGAUGGGGAAUAAGGGUGCCGUGGGCGCACGGAUAGCCUACAGAGGCGCAGCAUCAGCCGGGGAUCCUUUGGACCUCACUUUUGCUGCUGCGCACCUCGCCCCCAUGGAGCACGCUGUCGAGCAGAGGAAUGAAGACUGGCGCAGCUUGGUCGAGCGGUUGGUCUUCAGCUACUCACCUGCUGCAGGUCGGGAAAUCCCCGACACAGCCAACGCGGAGGAAAAUGCGCCCCUGCUGCGGCAAUCCCAAGAAGGCCAUCGGGGCAUCUACACGCCUACAAGCUACCUCUUCCUAGCGGGUGACCUCAAUUACCGUACCUCCAACGUAUCGCCGCGACCAGACGACCAUAGCCGAUUCCCGCGAGCGGAUGUAGACCCUUCGGACCCUCAGCACUACUCACAUCUCUUGAAACAAGAUCAGCUUUCCCGCGAGAUGGAACAGUCUCGGUGUUUCCACGGACUCUCCGAAGCCCCGAUCACAUUCCCCCCAACAUACAAGUAUACGUUGGCGGCACGCCAGGCAGCAAGUGAUCCAAUGGCAGAUAAUGCACGCCCAGAUUGGAAGUGGACGAGGACCCGCUGGCCCAGUUGGUGCGACCGUGUGUUGUAUCUGGAUUCUCCACCGGGCACAAGCAAGAGAGGUCAGGUCAAACCUCUGAAGUAUGAUGCUUUGCCGUUAUUCCCAACAUCCGACCAUCGCGCCGUCGCCUUGGCCGUAUCUAUACCGGCACAGUCCGUGCGCCUAGAAGAUGCGACACAGACGGCUGUCCCUUUCCCGAUCGAUCCAGAAUGGGAGACUAAACGAGAUGCCGCGCGAAGGAAGGAACUUGCGGUGGGCUUUUUGGCGUACCUGGCCUUGACCUGGGAAGGAAACGGGCUGUUACUUGCAUCGGCUGUAGGACUUCUGGGGGCGUGGCUCGUGCUCCGAUCGUUCUUUAACGUUUGA